GUAGAGGACCCUGACCGGGGCCAGCCGUGUCAAGCCUGCGGGGAACAGUGCCCGGGUUUCCUAGUGCAUGGAUGGAGGAAGAUCUGUCAACACUGCAAAUGCCCCAGGGAGGAGCACGCGGUGCGGAUCGUGCCCGUUGACUUGGAAAGGAUGAUGUGCCGGCUCAUCUCUGAUUUUCAGCGGCACUCCAUCUCGGACGACGACUCCGGCUGCGCCUCGGAGGAGUACGCAUGGGUGCCCCCCGGGCUCAAGCCCGAGCAGGUGUAUCAGUUCUUCAGCUGCCUCCCGGAAGACAAGGUCCCCUACGUCAACAGCCCCGGAGAACGAUACCGCAUCCGCCAGCUGCUGCACCAGCUCCCCCCGCACGACAGCGAGGCUCAGUACUGCAGCUCGCUAGAGGAGGAGGAGACGAAGGAGCUGAAGUUGUUCUCCCAGCAACGAAAGCGCGAGAACCUUGGCCGCGGGACGGUCCGGCUCUUCCCUGUCACCAUCACUGGAGCCAUUUGUGAGCAGUGCGGGAAGCAGAUAUGCGGCGGGGACAUCGCGGUCUUCGCCAGCCGAGCCGGGCACGGCGCCUGCUGGCACCCGCAGUGCUUUGUUUGCAGCACCUGCCGGGAGCUCCUCGUCGACCUCAUCUACUUCUACCAGGAUGGCAAGAUCUACUGCGGGCGGCAUCACGCCGAGCGCCUCAAACCGCGCUGCGAGGCCUGCGACGAGAUAAUCUUUGCAGACGAGUGCACCGAGGCCGAGGGACGCCAUUGGCACAUGCGCCACUUCUGCUGCUUCGAGUGCGAGGAGGCGCUGGGCGGACAACGGUACAUCAUGCGCCAGAGCCGCCCCUACUGCUGCCGCUGCUACGAGAGCCUUUAUGCGGAGUACUGUGAUGCCUGCGGGGAGCACAUUGGCAUUGACCAGGGCCAGAUGACCUACGAAGGCCAGCACUGGCACGCCACCGACGCCUGUUUCAGUUGCUCCCGCUGCCACCAGCCCCUCCUGGGGAAGCCGUUCCUGCCCAAGCAGGGCCAGAUCUUCUGCUCCCGGGCCUGCAGCCUGGGCGAGGACCCCAACGGCUCGGACUCCUGCGACUCGGCCUUCCAGAGCGCCCGCUCCCAGGACUCCCGCCGGGUCAGCUGGCAGCAGCGGCGGGUCCAGGCCCAGCGCGCCCCCUCCUCCCACGUCGCCCGCUCUGUCUCGUUCGGGGGGCAGCCGGCCCCGUCUCACUCGGCCCCGAGAAUCCGGAGGAGCUGGAGCGGCUUGCCCAGGGAGGAGGCGCCCACGGAGACGGAGGAGCUGUCGGACCCGGAGAGCAACGGUUCGGGCUGCAGCCAGAGCGGGGAGGAGCCUGUGAAAUGCACCUCCCGGGGAACUUCCACCUGCCCUCCGCCAGCUGCUCAACAGGAGUCAGGCACAGGCACCGAGAUCCGGCCUCGUUUCCAGCGCACCUCUCCUUUGCGCCAUUCCAUGCCAGAGCUGGGGACGCCCCCUUCCAAAAUCCCGGAUUGGAGCUGCAGUUCAGCGUCCAAACUCCAAGCACCCGGCCGGUCGCGGUGCAGCGAGGGAAGCGAGCUAGGGGUGCAGAGUUUUGCCCGGGCAGGAGCCCCACGGGUUAGCUUCCGGGAACCUCUCGUCUCUGGAGAGCCAAGCCCUUCCUGCCCCGAGCAGCCCACCCUGAACCCCCAACUGCUUCAGAACGGAGGGGCUAGCCGGCGACACCUCCGUUCCACUUCUGACAAUUCGCUUAAUCUGGGGGGCCAGGGAUGGAGACCAAGAAAGGGGGCAGGGCAGGCCAGGGGAAAUAGUCUCUCCUAUUCAGCUUCUGAAGGCGCUUUUCCUGCCUGGCACCACCGCUACCCACCCCGGGGAUGGGACUUCAGCUCCUCUGACUCUUCUGAUUCCUCCUCGGAGGAGGAAGGCUACUUUUUGGGAGAGCCGAUCCCCCUGCCCCCACACCUACGAGGCGGGGCUAACCCCACGGAGACGCCGCCGCCUACUGACUCUGUGCGGAAACAGCAGCGCCGGAGACUACGUGUCGUCCGGGACAAGAACUGCGUCGUGGCGUAAACCUUCCAUCUUUGAGACUUUGGCCGUGACGAUCCCACUGUGAACUCAGGACUUUGGGCCUAUGGAGCCAUUAAGUGUUGACCGUCCUGUGGGGGGCUGUUGAAAUUGAGUCCGGAACUCGUGACUUUUGCUUCUUCCACUCUGACCUCUCACGUUUCGACUCGUGACUCGUUGCCAGGUGCCCUCCGAGAGUGACCUCUUCAUGACACCACUGAAAAUCUUCUAACCUUUCCUCAGGGACACUUGAGUGCUGGCAUUUUUCAUGGUGACCUUUGGUCUUUAGACAUAACUCCCCCCCCCUCAAGAAUACUGAACUUCCAUCUGUGGUGGUGCUUUGGACCUUAGUUGUGUUUAUUUCUCCAUUGUGGCCUUUUUGACCUAUCUACUGUGACCUUUUAACACUGAUUAAACUUUUCCUCUCGAACCUUCAAAGCAGGGGUCCCCAACCGUUCCGAUCCUGUCGGCACAUUUGGAAUUCUGACAUAGCGUGGUGG